AUGUCCAUCAUUAGAAAUGGAAAUGCCAGACAAUACCUUAAAUCUCUACGUGAUAUGAGUGCCCAUAAAUUUCAAGGCAUAUUCCUCAGCUUUACAAACUUCAUUGUUUCAAGUCGACUUAAAAUUCACAGCAGUAAUAGGUUAUCACAUUUGGCUACUUGGCAUCUCAUUCCAGCACCAUAUCUGGCUACUCACCAUAAUAUUGCAGCAACUUGCUAUUCAGGAUCUAGUCAGUUGGGACAUCCCAGGAAUACGUCUGCAAAUCAGGGCUUUCAUGAUUACUUUAAUAGAAGAGGUAAUGGAUACAACCAAACAAGGGAUACAAUUUACUCAAAUCUAGUCAAAUACCUGUCUCUUUUCUUGACUGGAGUUGGUUUUUCCUACAUAAUCUAUCGAGUUAAGGAUCAUAUCCUAGAGCUGCAGCUGUCCAAUAUCUUACCAGUAGCCAGAUGUUCCUCCCAAGAGACGCAGGUGACCCAAUCAGAGGGUCAGCCUACACAGAAAUGUGAUUGUUCAUCUAAGAAAUCACGCAAGAAACCUAAGAAACCAAAGAAAUCAGACAAGAAGUCUAAGAAAGCAAAGAAAUCAGACAAGAAGCCUAAGAAAGCAAAGGCAUCCACAGCUACCGGUGAAGAUCAGAGAAUCCCUCUUCAGGCAGCAGUUGAAAGAACCCAGAAGCUUUGUCGAAGAAGAAAGGAAGAAGUCGGAAGCCCAGGAAUUGUAGUUUGUGUUAGUGUGGAUGGAAGACAGGUGUAUGCUGAAGGCUUCGGCUACUCCGACUUGGAAAAUGAAAUCCCGAUAAAGCCGUCUUCUGUUCUGCGUAUAGCCAGCAUCAGUAAAGCCGUCACUGCCACCAUCACUGCUAAAGCCUGGGAGGAGGGACGCAUUGAUUUAGAGAAAACAGUGCAGCAUUAUGUUCCCAGCUUUCCGCAGAAGGAAUUUAUGGGAGAGAAGGUCACCUAUGGUAACACUAGACACUUCAAUGGCAGUGUCAGAUAUGCAACUUUUUAUUCCCAACAGGGUCCACUUCUGGAGAAAGCAACAUCAAAAGAAAGGGAAGAGGAAAAAAAGGGGACUAAAAAGAAAGUGGAAGUGUCAGAGAUGGAGCGGGAUGAAUACUACAUGACAAAGCAUUUUUCUACAACAGAGGAAUCUCUGGCUCUCUUCGCGAAGGACCCACUGAUUGCUAGUCCAGGUACCAAGUAUAUAUACAGCACAUUUGCCUACACUCUGCUGGCGGCAGUCGUGGAAGCAGCGCUCAAAUCUCCAUUCACAAACGUGGUAACAAGGACAUUGGGACAGAUGGGCCUCAGUGAAACAUACCUGGACCUCAACAGACCCAUCAUAUACAAUCGAGCACAGUAUUAUGUGAAAGAUGACAGAGGAAAAAUAGUGAAUGCUCCGUAUGUUGAUAAUUCAUACAAGUGGGCUGGAGGUGGGCUGCUGUCGACGUCAGAGGACAUGGUCAAGUUUGGGAACAUCCUUCUGUAUUCUGCGCAGCACAGGGAUGAAGGUACUAUUUUGUUAACAGAUGCUGGACCUCCUGGUUUCCUGAAGUCAUCAACCAUGUGGAAGUUCUGGAGCUCACCAAACAAAGAAGGAGCUAAAAGCACGUACGGACUAGGAUUUGAAAUCAGGCCAGCCAAUGAAGUCUUUGGCAUGUGUGAUCACAAAGGUUUCGGGGCAGGACACACAGGUACUAAGAUUGUUGGAGACACAUCCCUUGUGCUUGAAAAGCAAACAAACGAGUCGGUUGUCGGCCAGCUGCCGCAAGGUGUGGUGGUGUGCAUUGUACUGAACAUGAUCUCCGUCUCAGCACAAGAUAUAGCUGAAGACAUUGCCAAGACUUUUGAGAAAGUUGAUUUUACAUUAUAG